AUGAAUCCUGAAGAACACCCUGAUCGUAAUUUUAACAUUUUCUCUGGCAGAAUUGGUCCAGAUUCUGUCAAUGUAGAUAAUGCAGUCAACAUUGGAAAGAAGCAAAAGGCUAAGUAUGAACCUGCCCAUGCUAUGUCUGGUUGUGGUACCGUAGCUCAACCAUAUGGUAUUGGAAAUGCAUCAGUUAUCAACAUUCUACAGAAAGGUCACAAACUAGAGAAGCUUGGUGACACAAGAUUUGGCUACAGGAGAUCACUGAAGAGGCUUCUUGUUUUAUUUCUGCAUGCUACGGGAGGAAAUGUAAUGGGAGUAAGUCUGAUGAGUUUACAGGAGAACGGGGAGCGAGAUUUAUUUUGGAAAUUAAGGAAAUCAAACAACACCAUGGACAGGUUGAUAGUUGCUUCAUCUGCCUUUCUUGUGAUACUCUAUAUCACGUGUUUUGUUGACGUCACAAUAGCCUAUGAUGAUUCUGAAUCAGAAGAAGUUGUUCCACCAAAUUACUGGUCACUUCAGCUCGCGGAACUCACUGAACUCGUGAAACUCGGAGAAGAGGUCUUAGCACAAAAAGCAUCAGCUGAAAUGAAUGCAGACAAACGUGGUGAAGGCUGCAAAGGCUUCGCUGCAUGUGGAAACUUAGAUGCUGGCAGGAAACACUGGAAAGCCAAUAUGGGUGGAGGAAGAACAGCAAUGUUCUCUAGUGCGUCUGGAACCCCGGGCAGGAAGCGUCGAGAAUCGAACACAGCAUAGAAAUAGUGUAGUUGCAUGGUAGAAUUCCUGCAACCAUUUUAAUCAAGGUCCGGCACCUUUCCAUCGCUUUAGUUGCUUCCAGACAUAUCAAUUGCAGACACCGACCAGUAGCUAGCGCUGAAUAUAUCACAUUAUUGUACAGUAUUGAACAUUAACACAAAGCGGCAAAUCUAUUUUUGAUGCUACUCUUCAGUCUGCUCGCAUUAUAAGAUUUUUUUUUUAAUUGUGAAUGUUCUUCGCCAACACAGUAGUAGUAGUCACUUACACCUCUAUCCUCUUACAUUGGUUUCUGUUUUAAGUUAUUCGUAAAACUUACGAUCGUAAAUAAUGUAAUUUAAAUUACCACAUUGCGUUCUCCAGUAGGAAUUAAUAAAAUUGGUUUGGUUAA